AUGGCGAAUGCCGAAGUGGAGUGUAUUGUGAGAGACACGCGGGAGUUGAUGUUACAAAUUGGAACCGGUGAGAGACGAGUUGACGAGAUGAUACGACGUGUGAACGCUGUUAAUGAAAAAAUGACGUGUAUGAGGGAAUAUCAGAACAUAAUAUGUACGGUUAACGCAUUUACUGUCAAUGGAUCAAGGAGAGCAAUCUUGCUGGAGGAGUUACAGAGAGAAAAUAGGCAGAUAUUAGCAUAUCACGAAGAGAACCGAAAUCUUCGAGAAGCUAUAAAUGAAUCUAUGGAAACAUUAGGCAUAGUCAUGGCUCGACAUCGCAACGUUAUGGCAAGAAUGAACAGAAUUUCGAAGCAGCCGUCAUUCAAAGAUGUUACGAAGUUGUUUCCUGAGGAUAUUGAUGAUACGGCAUAUGAUAAAGAACGAUUUAGGAAGCUCGUUGAUGACCUGUCUGGUUUUAUGAAAGGAUGUGAAGACACAACAUCCACUGAUUUGCAAAGGUUAUCUCAACUUCUACAAGAAAAUCAAGUUCUACGUGAAAUGCUCUCAACAGCUGCUAUCUCAACCCCUAGCAUUAAGCAAACCUUCGCUAAGGCAGUAGUUCGAUGGAAAGCAAAACAAAAAGAGAGGUUGACUAAUGGAUUACCCUUAGAUUCUGAUGGUGACAGUGGAACUGAUGAUGACUUGAAUAAAACUAUCUUUGAGGCAUCUUCGGCGCAAAAGAAGUAA